AUUUAACAGAAAACAAUGGGCAUGAAAAUGUAAAACACGCGGUUUCAGAAUGAAUAGCAUGGCGGGACCCAACAAAUCGAAGGACUCGAGGGAAGACGACCAUGAAAUAAUCAAAAUCGAAAGGAUCCGUCCAAUUUCUCUGUGAGGAAGAGGAAGUGGACGACGGUUUUGUUUCUGCUAAGAAAGAGGAAAAGAAAGAAUGAAGAAUCUCACCAAGACGGCGUUAAACAUCCUAAAAUUGUUGAGAUUUUUGACGGAAAUGAAGGAGAUGAUGAUCAUCAUCAUGAAAAUGAUCAUUAUCGCUCCGAUGGGUCUGAUGCUGAUGAGAGAGACGAAAACCCUAGAGAUAAUUCCGAUGAAAAAAUUGAAGGUUUUGAACAGGAAAACCCUAGUUUAGAUCUGAUGCAGGAGGAUGAACAAGAAAACUCAAAGUCUGCGUUAUUGAUUGUUUCCGAGAGGAAGAAGCAUGGUGGAGAUACAGAUACUCCUCCCGACGAUGAUUGCUGUCCAAUCUGCUUCGAUGAUUUCUCAAUUGCCUGUAAAACAAACUGUGGACACUGGUUUUGUGCAAAUUGCAUACUCCAAUUCUGGACAUACAGAACAGCUCUUCAAAAAUGCAAUUGCCCAAUUUGUGCACGACCCAUUACCGAGUUGACACCAGAGGCAUCUUUACUGAUUAUCCAUGAAGUUGAAGUCAUCGAAGCUCUAAAAAAUGUUCAAAGGUAUAACCGCCUUUUCCAGGGUGGUUUUAGUGGUGUCAUAUGGAAAGUUUUUGAGGUUCCUGAUGUAUUUAGAAGAAUGUUAUCUGGUUUGAUGGAUCCAGAUAGAUUCAGAGGAAACUACUAUGCAAUGCGUAUCUUUGCUUUGUUGAUGUCCUGCAUUUAUAAUAUGAGUUCCUUUGACUUCAUUCCAACAGGGACUAUAGGGGUAAGGAGGUUGUUUGAUAUUUGUGCUAUAGCACUAGUUGUAAUCCUGUGUUUGAUUGGCAUAUGCCAUAGAUUGGUGCUUAGAAGACGUGUUAGGCAACUUGCAGCUACUCAAUUAUAAGAGAUAUGAGUCAAAAUUCACCAAUGAAGGGAGAGGUUAUAUUAGACUUUUUCUCAUUUUGCUUUUAUAGUUUGUAUUGUAAAGUUGUGGGCAUUGGGUAAAGUUGUUGUACAUUGUGUAUUAUAUAUAAUAUGAAGGAAGGCUACUUAAUCGAUUAGGAUAAAACAUCACAUGGUAAUCACCUGUCCAAUCAUAAGAAGUUUAGCUUUGAAUAUAAUUUGGAUUAUAGUUAGUUCUUCAAUUGUACAUUAAUGGAUUUGAGGUUUGAUUACCGGAAUGUAUAUGCAUGUUUUAUGUUA